UCCUUCCAUAUACCACAUUCACUUAACCAUCAACCUCUAAUCCUUUGCUAUAUAACUUUCCAAGUUUCAAAUACAAAAUAAAUCAAGCAUCCUCUAGUUCUCAAUCAAGUAAUCAAGAAAAAAUCAAAUUAUAAACAAAUUAAUGUCAGGAGUUUGGGUGUUCAAAAAUAAUGGUGUGAUUCGUUUAGUGGAGAAUCCUCAAGCCGAGCACGGUGGAAGUGAUCAAGCCAGAACAAGGAAGAAAGUGCUUGUGCACCUUCCUACUGGAAAGGUGGUUUCAUCAUACCAAAUACUUGAAGAAAUUCUUAAAGAUUUAGGGUGGGAACAUUAUUUCAGUGGUGAUCCUGAUCUUUACCAAUUCCACAAGAGAUCAUCAAUUGAUUUAAUUUCACUUCCUAGGGAAUUCUCCAAGUUUAGCUCGGUCUACAUGUAUGACAUUGUUGUUAAGAACCCUAAUGUCUUCCAGGUCCGUGACAUGUAGAUCCUAUCUACAUGAUAUAAUACCAAGUCAAAACUACCUACUUAUAUAUUUACAUCUAUUAGCUAGGGUUUAUGCUUGCUUGUAAGUAUAUUUGUGUGGCUCGUUUAAUUUCAUGCUUCUUUUAUUUCCUUUUCUGUCAAGGGAGUCUUAGUUAAGUUAAGGUUUCUAUAUGCAGCAGUACUAACGGAGUUGGUUUCAUGUAAUCUAAUAUUUCGUAUCCAAAGCUAAAAGUGAUGUGGAGGUAAAGCUCACAUCCUUGAUUAUGUGUAUGCACAUCGAAAUUUUUUGAGGUAAGGUAAGACCAUAUCGUAUUGUAUUCAUAUACAAAAAAUAUUUAAUAUAUUUGUGUUUAUCGGAUAUAA